AUGGACCCAUUCUGGUACGUUCCUCCCGAUCAAUAUGCCGGCCUAAUCUGGACAAACACCUCUAUACCCGAGAAUGGCCAAGAGAAAUUGGAAAACGCGAAUGAAAGGCUAUUCUUCUGGAUGGCAGUCGCUGUCUAUUCGACUUGUGUGAAUGUGGUUAUAUCCUUGCUCUGUCACUUGUCCAAACGCCUGGUCAUGCCAAAACCGACAAAAACGGCCACUCAAGUGAGACUGGACCAGUCUGAUUCCGGAGUAAGAAGGACAUAUUAUCGUAUCCCUGUUUUCAACUGGAUAAUGUCCAAGGCUGUCUCACGAGAUUCUGGAAAGUCCUCCUGGCGGUGCACGGUCCGAACUGACUGCUGCGUAUACCAGGCAAUUUAUACUUGUGGUGCAUGCCAUUUGAAACGUCCUCAAUCGCAGAGUAGUUUAGACUACGUGAUACGCACGUUCGACCCUCGAGGUGCCAAGGCUUUGGAGUUCACUGGUCCCCGUAAGUUGGACAGCACUGAGGCAACAAAUGGCAAAAGAGAAUUAGAGUUAGACCAACCAGCAUCAUCCCUACUACAAGUUCCAAAUCUCCCCGCGAACCGUGUAAUGACAAAACGCCAAAACGUACCCAUUCUUCCAAGAGUCGCUUUAUUUUUUGUUCAUCUCCUCGCCGUUCUGGACAUUAUCCAAGUGAUUUGUGACUACAUUUUCCCGUUUAUAUUACGCUCUCCACAAGUCGAGAAUAUGAUUCCGUCCAGGAUGCGAUAUCACCUGGAUUGCCACUUGCGCAUUAUGAUUAGUAUGCCUACCAGAUUUGUUGUGGAGUGGACACUGGUGGUUUACGGAGUCGAACGACUCAUUACGACCAUUCGUCGGAAACCUCUGUUUCGUGCGUACCCGAAGCGAGUCACGGAUCAUGCGGAAUUCAAUGCGUUGAAAGUCAAGAUCGGAAUGGGUUUGUUCAUCGUGAUCAUGUUUGCCGCAUGCAGCAACUAUUUCAUUAUUGUGGGUCAGCCAACUGCACUAAUCGAUGCUACGGGUAGAAAAUACAGACGCCUAAUUGUUUCUUGUAACAUUCGGAAGGAGUUCCAACAGUUGAAUACGCGGGUUUUGAAUUAUGUGAAAGUGUUUCUGUUUGCCUGUAUACCUCAGUUGAUCACCUUAGUUUGCCUCACUUCAAUUGCCUUUAUUUGGUCCCUUCAUCGAAUAUUUUCUCAGACAGCCCGCGCUGUUCCACAAACGAAUGUGUGUGAGUUCGACUCAUCCAACUAUCUGUUCGCAUCAAACAUGUGCACAGCCAUGUUUUACGUACACGGUCUUCUGCGACUCGGUUUCCAAAGCUUGACGAAUUUGAAAAGCAUUAGUGAAACGAUUAUGAAACAGUCUCCGGGACAUGAGAUCCUCAUGUGGGAGCCCAAAUUGGCCAUGAUGCGCAUUGCAUUCACGCCCACGAUCAUUUCCGUUCUACUGGCAUUUCUUCUGUUGGAACGCAGAAAAGGACUGCGUGAUACAACGUGUUCAACAGUCAAACUGGUUUCAUCUCCUUUGCCUUCCGAUGUAUGCUCUAUGGAUGACAACCCCUCGCACUUACCGGAAGGACCGACAAACGCUUCACUGCCAAUCAGCACGUCCACGAUGGACCCAUUCUGGUACGUUCCUCCCGAUCAAUAUGCCGGCCUAAUCUGGACAAACACCUCUAUACCCGAGAAUGGCCAAGAGAAAUUGGAAAACGCGAAUGAAAGGCUAUUCUUCUGGAUGGCAGUCGCUGUCUAUUCGACUUGUGUGAAUGUGGUUAUAUCCUUGCUCUGUCACUUGUCCAAACGCCUGGUCAUGCCAAAACCGACAAAAACGGCCACUCAAGUGAGACUGGACCAGUCUGAUUCCGGAGUAAGAAGGACAUAUUAUCGUAUCCCUGUUUUCAACUGGAUAAUGUCCAAGGCUGUCUCACGAGAUUCUGGAAAGUCCUCCUGGCGGUGCACGGUCCGAACUGACUGCUGCGUAUACCAGGCAAUUUAUACUUGUGGUGCAUGCCAUUUGAAACGUCCUCAAUCGCAGAGUAGUUUAGACUACGUGAUACGCACGUUCGACCCUCGAGGUGCCAAGGCUUUGGAGUUCACUGGUCCCCGUAAGUUGGACAGCACUGAGGCAACAAAUGGCAAAAGAGAAUUAGAGUUAGACCAACCAGCAUCAUCCCUACUACAAGUUCCAAAUCUCCCCGCGAACCGUGUAAUGACAAAACGCCAAAACGUACCCAUUCUUCCAAGAGUCGCUUUAUUUUUUGUUCAUCUCCUCGCCGUUCUGGACAUUAUCCAAGUGAUUUGUGACUACAUUUUCCCGUUUAUAUUACGCUCUCCACAAGUCGAGAAUAUGAUUCCGUCCAGGAUGCGAUAUCACCUGGAUUGCCACUUGCGCAUUAUGAUUAGUAUGCCUACCAGAUUUGUUGUGGAGUGGACACUGGUGGUUUACGGAGUCGAACGACUCAUUACGACCAUUCGUCGGAAACCUCUGUUUCGUGCGUACCCGAAGCGAGUCACGGAUCAUGCGGAAUUCAAUGCGUUGAAAGUCAAGAUCGGAAUGGGUUUGUUCAUCGUGAUCAUGUUUGCCGCAUGCAGCAACUAUUUCAUUAUUGUGGGUCAGCCAACUGCACUAAUCGAUGCUACGGGUAGAAAAUACAGACGCCUAAUUGUUUCUUGUAACAUUCGGAAGGAGUUCCAACAGUUGAAUACGCGGGUUUUGAAUUAUGUGAAAGUGUUUCUGUUUGCCUGUAUACCUCAGUUGAUCACCUUAGUUUGCCUCACUUCAAUUGCCUUUAUUUGGUCCCUUCAUCGAAUAUUUUCUCAGACAGCCCGCGCUGUUCCACAAACGAAUGUGUGUGAGUUCGACUCAUCCAACUAUCUGUUCGCAUCAAACAUGUGCACAGCCAUGUUUUACGUACACGGUCUUCUGCGACUCGGUUUCCAAAGCUUGACGAAUUUGAAAAGCAUCAGUGAAACGAUUAUGAAACAGUCUCCGGGACAUGAGAUCCUCAUGUGGGAGCCCAAAUUGGCCAUGAUGCGCAUUGCAUUCACGCCCACGAUCAUUUCCGUUCUACUGGCAUUUCUUCUGUUGGAACGCAGAAAAGGACUGCGUGAUACAACGUGUUCAACAGUCAAACUGGUUUCAUCUCCUUUGCCUUCCGAUGUAUGCUCUAUGGAUGACAACCCCUCGCACUGUAAAUGA